AAAGUCGCCGCCGCGGCCCCCUCCUUUCGGUCUGACCUUCUCCCUCCCAAUUCCCCGAUUCCUUCCGCACUCUCCCGACGGGAUGCUCCCUUUCCAGGAGCAGGUUAUCUCCGACCUACUCGACGACCGCAACGGCGGCCUCGUCGUUGUCGCCUCUGGCUUCCCCUUCUCCUCCCUCAUCGCCUCCCUGCUCCUCCUCCACCACCCCUCUGCCGGCUCCUUCCUCCUCCUCUCGGCCUCAGAACCUCAGAAGUCCGCCAUCUCUGCUGCCCUCCGCCGCGCUGCCCCUGUCCACACCGACCCCCUUCCCUUCCCUUCCGACCUACCCUCUGAUCUCCCCUCCCAUCACCGCACUGCCCUCUACGCCUCCGGCGCUGCCCUCUUCGUCACACCUCGCAUUCUCGUCGCCGACCUCCUCACCUCUCGCGUUCCCCCCUCCUCCGUCGCUACCCUCGUCGUCCUUAACGCACAUCGCCUCUCUGAUACCUCCACUGAGGCCUUCAUCGCUCGCAUCCUUCACUCCUACUCGCCCUCUACCCCUAUCGUCGCCUUCACCGAUUGCCCUCAUGCCAUGGUCUCCGGGUUCUCCAAGGCCGAGCGGAUUAUGAAGUCCCUCUUCGUCCGCCGCCUCCACCUCUGGCCGAGGUUCCACGUCCUCGUCUCCUCCGACCUCGAGCGAACGCCACCUGAGGUCGUCGACGUCAGGGUACCCAUGUCCGCUGCCAUGAAGGGAAUCCAAGAUGCGAUUCUUGGGUCCAUGGAUGCCUGCCUUAGGGAGCUGAGGAGGACCAACAAGGUUGAUGUCGAGGACCUCACCGUUGAGAAUGGGCUCUUCAAGUCUUUUGACGAGAUUGUGAGGCGGCAGUUAGACCCGAUCUGGCACACUCUUGGGAAGAAGACCAAGCAGCUGGUUAGUGAUCUCAAGACCCUGAGGAAACUGCUGGAUUACCUUGUCAGGUAUGAUGCGGUCUUAUACUUGAAAUAUUUAGAUACCCUGAGAGUUUCAGAAGGUGUUCAAUCGAUGUGGAUUUUUGCUGACUCAAGCUAUAAGAUUUUCGAGCUCGCAAAGAGGCGAGUUUACCAAGUAGUUCGAGCAGAUGGUACAAAAAGCAGCCUAGAUGAUAAAAGCACCCCUAGCAAGAAAAGAAGGGUUAAUGACAAAAGAAAAAAAGAAUCAGAAGGCGAUGAUGCGGAUGGAAGGAAAGUGGAUGCUAAUGUUGGCAUAAUGCUGGAAGAAGUCCUGGAAGAAGCUCCUAAGUGGAAGGUGUUGCGUGAGCUUCUUGAGGAAAUAGAAGCUGAGCGAAGAGAGGAAAAUCAGUCAGAGGAAGGACAAACAAAAGUUGAAGAUGCAGGGGACCUGAGUGAUAUUGUUUUGGUGGCCUGUAAAGAUGAACACUCAUGCUUGCAAUUGGAGGAUUGCAUCUUAAAAGGACCACAUCAGGUUAUGCGAGACGAAUGGGAGAAAUAUCUGCUAGGUAAAGUUGAAUUACACAAUCUAAGAAAACGGAAUAAGAAAAAAUCUCAGGAACCUAAAGGCUUUGGUUUACUUGAUGGUAUUGUCACUGCUGGAUCAUCUGAUAACACAGACCCUAGCAGCAUAUCCAAAUUCGAAAAUGAUGCUCUGUUAGCUGCAGCAUCUGAGCUUAGAAUUCCAGCUAAUAAAGAAUCUGUUCUUGAGGAGAAUAAUCAAUCAGAUGGUAGAAGGAAGGGCUACAAAAAAACAAGAGGGAAAAAAACAAGAAGCAAAGGCAAGCCAAUGACUGGAAAUCCUGGUUUCAAUUUUAAGAUAGAUCAGAUUAAUACAAAUGAAAAUAUUAGUUCAGGGAAUAAUGGUGCACUAGGUCAACCUGCAACAGGAUCCAUGCAGAAUGAUCAAGAAAGUUCUCUAGAGAAUGUUUGUAUAGAUAGAAGUGAUAUUCAAGCACAUGCUGCAGAAUCAGUUCCUGCAGCAUCCCGUCAAACCAAAUUACUUCCACCUGUGCAAUUCUAUGCUCUGGACAGUGAUCAACAGAUACUUAAUGCGCUGAAGCCAUCUGUAAUUAUUGUAUAUCAUCCAAACAUGACCUUUGUUAGGGAAAUAGAAUUUUAUCAAGCAGAGAAUCCUUCAAAAAAAUUAAAGGUUUACUUUUUAUUCUAUGAAGACUCAGCCGAGGUGCAAAAAUUUGAGGCAAGCAUACGGAGGGAAAAUAGUGCAUUUGAAUCUUUGAUCCGGCAAAAAUCACUGAUGAUGAUCCCAGUGGAUCAGAAUGGACGUUGUAUUGGAGCUAGUACUCCCAGCGAGACAGAGUCAAUUAUUUUACAGAAUUCAUUAACAAGAAAGGCAGGUGGUAGAAUGUCACAAGGCAGAAAAAUGCAGGUUAUUGUUGAUAUGAGGGAGUUCAUGAGCAGUCUUCCUAACGUUCUUCAUUUGAAAGGCAUGCAUGUCAUACCUGUUACUCUGGAAGUUGGUGAUUAUGUUCUUUCCCCUAUGAUUUGUGUUGAAAGGAAAAGCAUUGCAGACUUGUUUCAAAGUUUUGCAUCAGGUCGUCUCUAUCAUCAGGUGGAAACAAUGAUUCGUUACUACAAAAUGCCUGUCCUCCUAAUAGAAUUUUCACAGGACAAAAGCUUCUCCUUCCAGUCCACAAAUGAUAUCGGUGAUGAUGUCUCACCAACAAACAUAACUUCAAAGCUUUCGUUGCUUGUUCUUCAUUUUCCUCGCUUGCGCCUGGUUUGGUCUCGCAAUGUGCAUGCCACAGCAGAAAUAUUUGCAUCACUCAAACAAAAUCAGGAUGAACCAGAUGAGAGCAAGGCAAUCAGAGUAGGUGUUCCAUCAGAAGAUGGUGUGGUGGAUAAUGAUGUAAGGGCUGAAAACUAUAAUACGUCUGCGAUCGAGUUCUUGAGGCGUCUCCCUGGAGUGACAGACACAAAUUACAGAGCAUUGAUGGAUGGAUGUAAAAACUUGGCCGAACUUGCUCUGCUACCUGUUGAAAGGUUGGCAGAACUCAUGGGCGGUCAGAAAGCAGCUCGGACGUUGAAGGAAUUUCUCGAUGCCAAGUGCCCAACCUUGUCAUGAUUUCGAAUUAGUUCCAACUUCUAAUCUUGUCGCAUCAGGCACAGACAGCUUUAGCAAAGUACCCAGAAAUUCACCCGCUUUUAUUAUUAUUUAGGACAGUUAAUUCUUAGAUUUUAGCUAAAUUCAGUUAUUUAUUGUAUGCCCAGGAUAUUAAAUUUGUUCCAUUGGGCGUCGUAUUUUUAUUAAAUGAUUAUGAUAAAAAAAAAGCUGUGCAGUGUUCAGAGUUUCUAGUUGGCCAUUGUUCCUAUUGCUCGUA